AUGGUCAAGUUUUAUCUCAAGGCGAAAGCCGAGCUUUCCAAUGUGACGGAUCUCGAGCCCAAUGACUCUCCUUCAUCUCCGUUUGAGUACACUUUUAGAAUCGAAUGCACAAAGUGCAGAGAAGUUCACGAUAAGCCGGUGACAAUCAAUAUUUUCGAACAGCACGACAUCUCUGGAUCCAGAGGAGAAGCCAGUUUUGUGUUCCGAUGCAAAAGCUGCAAGAGCGAACACUCGGCGCAGAUCGAGCGGACCAAAGAGAAAAUCUCUGCCAGUGGCGAAUGGGCCAAGUUGUUGUCGAUCGAUGCUCGAGGAAUCGAUUUCGUGGAGUUUAUUCCUGACGGCAAAUGGAAAUGUGCAGCAGCAGAGUCCAGCACCAAGUUCGAAGAGGUGGACUUGGAAGACAAGGAAUGGUACGACUACGACGACAAUAAGGGCGAGGAGGUGAGUGUUACAGAAGUGGAGUUUGACAUUGCCAGAUCCUGA